AUGUGGCACUCAGUGGCUCUGCUCCUCUCUGGAUUCUCUGCUUUGAUUCACGUGUCGUUGCAGGGUCCUCACCAGAGGAGCCUUUUAAAGAACCUCCUGAAGGACUACAACCGGAUGGAGCGACCGGUGGGCAAUGACUCCCACCCGCUCACCGUUGUCUUUACCUUAAGCAUGGUACAGAUCAUGGACGUGGAUGAGAAGAACCAGGUUCUCACCACUAACAUGUGGCUACGGAUGAGUUGGUUCGACCACUAUCUCCAGUGGAACCAGAGCGAACAUCCCGGAGUGAAAAACCUCCGCUUCACCACAGACCAGAUCUGGACACCGGACAUCCUGCUCUACAACAGUGCAGAUGACGACUUUGACUCCACCUUUAAGACCAAUGUUCUGGUCAACUCCAGCGGCUAUGCCGAGUAUCUGCCUCCAGGAAUCUUUAUGAGCACAUGCAACGUGGACGUACGCUGGUUCCCUUUUGACAUCCAGAAGUGUGAGCUGAAGUUCGGCUCUUGGACGUAUGACGGCUGGCUGCUGGACCUCCAGAUGAACGAUGCCGACAUCUCAGGCUACAUGCCCAAUGGAGAGUGGGACUUAAUUGGAGUUCCCGGCACCAGAAGCGAGGCCUUCUAUGAUUGUUGUAAGGAGCCUUACCCGGAUGUAACGUUUGUUGUGACGAUACGGCGGCGGACACUCUACUACGCCCUGAACCUGCUCAUUCCCUGUGUGUUGCUGUCUUCGAUGACCCUGCUCAUCUUUGUGCUGCCAGCUGACUCUGGGGAGAAGAUCUCACUGGGCAUCACGGUCUUGCUGUCCCUUACAGUUUUCAUGUUGCUGGUCGCAGAGAUCAUGCCAGCCACAUCUGACUCCGUCCCUCUUAUAGGUCAGUACUUUGCCAGUAUAAUGAUCAUCGUUGGGAUGUCGGUCAUUGCAACAGUGGUGGUACUGCAGUAUCAUCACCACGAUCCAAAUGGAGGAAACAUGCCGAAAUGGGUGCAGCUCGUCUUGCUUCAAUGGGUGGCAUGGUUCUUGCGUAUGAAGCGACCAGGAGAGAGUGACGACCCAGAGCGUCCCCCGUGUGCCCCCCACUUGCGCCGCUGCUCCUCGGGCUCCCAGAGUGGGAGCAUCCCAAAUCCACCAGACCCCACCCUCCAUCCGCUGCACCCACAGAACCUGGCUCCUCUACACGCGGGGCAUCCUCACCUCCACACCCAAUCGAGCGCUAACAACAACGGGAACCUCCUUUACAUGGGCUUCCAGAGCAUGGAUGACCCUUCAAUGCUCUCAGAGCCUCUCCAGAGGAAUAACAUCUCCACGGGGCCUCCGAGGGUACCAGGUAGCCCUCCUCCUCACCUCCCAUCUCAGUUCUGCAGCUCCCCACCACCUCCCAGCUCCAAUAUGGAUACUGUAGGCUGCCCCAGCACUGUCUCCAGUGGUGGGGGCUUUGGAGUUGGACCCGGAGGGCUUGGCGGGUGCUCGUCUUCGGGGAUAGGAGACCCCCAGCUACAGGCCAUCUUGGAGGAGGUGCGUUACAUGGCAGACCAUUUCCGGGAGCAGGAUGAGAACGAGAGCGUGGCCGACCAGUGGAAAUUUGCAGGGGCCGUAAUCGACCGUUUAUGUCUGGUGGCGUUCAGCGUUUUCAACAUCAUAUGCACCAUCUCUAUCCUCAUGUCCGCUCCCAACUUUGUGGACGCUAUUUCAAAAGACUUUGUUUGAAAGCAAAGAGGAAAAUGGAGGAGGAGGAGCGUGAAGAAAAGGAUGACUGGAAUUAA